CAAGAACCUUAUAGUGCUCCUACUACAAUACAAAAGAGUGUUGAAGUAUUUUUGCCAAGAAAUCAAAAUGGAGAUUUCUCUGCAGAAACAGUUUUUCAACAGUGGAGAUAAGCUCUUCAAUUCUCGACAAAACCAGUGGGCUUGGAUUGAAAGAUUCCAAGUAACAGAUUCUCUUACCGCAAACUCGACAAACCUUUUUCCUGAUCCCAUAAGUUGUCCAAUGUUGGGCACUAUGACUCCAAGAAAGAGCAAAAAACAUUUAAGUGUUUGUGCAAUAAGGAGGAGAAGAGUGCAUUCGAACUCCGAUACGUACGUACUUUUAGAGGCAGGACAAGAUGAACAGUUUGUGUCAGAAGACGAACUCAAGGCUAAGCUCAAAGGCUGGCUCGAGAACUGGCCUGUAGAAUCUUUGCCACCAGACCUUGCUAGGUUCGAUAACCUCGAUGAAGCCGUUGAUUUCUUGGUUAAAGCUGUAUGUGAACUAGAGAUUUAUGGAGAAGUAGGUUCUGUUCAGUGGUAUCAAGUUCGUCUUGAGUAAAGAGCAAUUAAACAAAUGUAUUGUGUUUCUCCUAUGUAUCAAGCACAAGCACAUGGUUCGGACCGUUUCCAAUAGUGUUUCAGUUUUUACUUUUUGUUUUAUUUUUUUUUUGCUCUGAUGAUAUUCCAUUUCUUUAGUCUUUCAUUCUUCGAAAAAGAACUUUUUACAAACUAAUCCGCA